AUGACUUCUGCGCUGCCCUCUGGCAAGUUAUCUCCCUUAAUAGCCAAAAUGGCAGCGAUAAGUGAAGAGUUGGCUGCAUGGAUUAGUAGAGGAAAACGUGCUACUGCCACCCAUUUAAGAUCUGUACCCCGUGGAAAUAAGUUACUCGAUGAACUAUUACAAAAUGUAUUCGAUCCUAUAAAAAAUAUUGAUGAUUAUGACAAGUUGGAAUGGUAUCGAGCACUCAUUGCUGGAGGCAGAACGUAUGACGAAUUCGAUAACUUAGUUCGUCAAUAUGAUAAUGCAACAACCUGUGGAUUGGUAUGGACAGCAAACUUUGUUGCUUACAGAUGCAGGACAUGUGGUAUUACACCUUGCAUGUCUUUGUGUUCUAAGUGUUUUCAAGAAGGUAACCAUGAAGGUCAUGAUUACAACAUGUUCCGAAGUAAAGCUGGAGGUGCCUGUGAUUGUGGCGAUUCCAAUGUCCUUGACCCAAGUGGGUUCUGUGCCCGACAUGGUCCAGGACGCAGUCAUUACCAGCAGGUACCACCUCAAGAAUUGAUAUUCCUCCCAGAGUUAAUCAUGCCCAAACUCUUUAUACGGCUACUCUAUCACUUACGAGAAUAUGCUAAAUCAGAUGUGGCAGAUGUAAAUUUACAGAUUAUGCAAGAAGCAGAUCAGUACUUGAGUUUCUUACACAGCCUUUGUGAUAUGGGAGCUGUCAUGAUGAAGGUCAUGGGACAAGCUCUAACCAACCCAGCUGUCUAUGAAACAUUCAUUCAAACUGAAGGCCAGUAUCAUACAAAGAGUGAAGUGAACUAUUUACAAACUCUUAAAGAUAUGGUUGCUCCAGGCACCUUUCUACAAUUUACAAAUGUUAAAGGUCUGGGUCAUAAAUUGGUGCACACAACCCUUUUGGACGAGUUGGUCUUUUGGAUGGUCAAAUUUGAGUUACCUCAAAAAAUGGUCACUUUGUUGCUGAGUCUGUUGCCUGAUGAAAACUACAAGCAAGCCUUUACAAAAGCGUUUGUAUUACACUACAGUCGUGUCUCCUUAGUCCUUGUUAGAUCAAAAGACCAUUAUGCUGUGGGUCACCGUGUUGUGCACAUCAGUGUCCAGUUGUUUAGUAAUGAAUCCUUGGCUCGUAAAAUGUGCAAAGAGUACAAUCUACAGUAUAUUCUGGUACUCAGCUUACGCCACAUGGUAGAGACUAUUCUCACAGAAAGCACCUUGCAGAAUCAUGUAAAUUAUCAUCAUGUGGUUGACUGUGGCUAUAAAGCCAUGAAGGAUCAUUGCUACUGGCCAAUUGUGAGUGACCUUAUUAAUCUGCUUUCACAUCGCAGUGUUGCCCUGAAGUUUAUGGACAGUACAGAACUCAUCAAAAUAUGGCUCAAUCUGUUACUCUAUUUUCAAGGUUGCAACCUCAACCAAAGGGAACUAACUCAGCACGUAGAAUUUGAACCCGAUACUUAUUAUGCUGCUUUCUCUGCUGAACUAGAAAUGUCUGCUUCUCCAAUGUCUUAUCUGAUCUCUCACUGCAAAGAUAAAGACACUGCAGAGUAUAGCAGAGUGAUGAUUCAUGCUUGCUUGGAGACUCUGCAAGACUGGUUUGAUUCAAUCAAUUUCCUCCCAAAGUCGAAGCCCAAUUCUCUGCAACUUGCUUUCCAUCUGCCACUCCAUCGUUAUCUGGCAACUUUCAUUGCUCAUGCUGUCCAACACCAAAAUGUCUCUCUGGAUGAGCUGCUCCCUCCCACAGAUAUGCUUAAAUGUCUGCUCAUGUUUCCUCUGCGAAUACAGGUUGGCAUGGCUGAAAUUGCAGCAAACAUGUGGCUACGAAAUGGCUUGCAGAUCAGAGGUCAAGCUAUGACCUAUGUGCAGUGCCAUUUUUGUUAUUCUAUGCUUGAUGCUGACCUUUUCUUGAUGCAGGUUUGUGCUGCCAAACUGGAUCCUGAUGAUUUUGUUCAAACUGUCAUUGACAGUUUCCAUUUAUCAAAUUGGUUGUCAUUUUCUCCACAACCAAUUGUGGUGGGUGUGACUUUGGAAGCUGAACAAGAAAUGACAAUGGUAGAGAAUGCGCUGUUCUUUUUAGCUAUGCUGCAGUCAGUGCGUACCUAUCUGGGUCUUACAGAAAAAGAACUUGUUCAUGUAGAGAUGGUCGCCCUUCUGUGUGUUAAUGAUCGGACACACAGCCAAUUGAUGGAUCUUAUGCCAGAGAAAUCAGGACUUGCCAUCCAUGGUCGAGCUUACUUUGAACAAACUUUAAAAAUGGUUGCAGAUUACAAAGCCCCUGUUUUAGAGUCUGGUGGUGGCUUACAGCAAGGGACAUAUGUACCAAAAAAUAUCCUCUGGGAAAAAGAGUUUGAUCCAAUUCAAGUCUCCACACGGUCCGUUUACAAGAAAGACGUUCAAUCAAGCAUGGAUCGGUAUCAAGCUUAUUUGAAACACAGUGGAAAAUAUUCUGGGAAGUCUCCUCCAUGGCCACCUUUGAAAAUUCCUGGGAAAAUUCUGCCUGCAUAUGAUGGACUUCGACAGAUACUGCAUUGCCGUACUCUACAUGGCUUUCUGUUUUCUGUCCUCUACAGAGCAGUCAAGGAUUCCACUGUUUCUGAAAGUGUUACAUACUUUUGUGUCUUCCUCUUGGAACUUGGCACCAGGUUUCAACCUACUGAAGUACAUGAAUACCAUUGUGAGAAGUGUGUUCAUGAUGGUGAUUAUAGAAACUGGUUUCCUAGCAACUGCCUUGUGGUGAAUGCCCAGCACAGGAUUCAUGAAAUUAUUCUGGAUGAAACAAGUGAUGCUGAAGAUGAGGAACUCCAUCAAACAGCUUCGUCUCUGUUUGCUGGCCAGAGCUUAACUGAACAAUACUUUGUUGCUUCAAGAAUAGCUGCUCCUCUAAAGAAAAGUUUGAGUUCUAAAUUGAAAUUGUCUGGUUCCGAAUCAAAUGGUGAUGGCGAUUCCAAUGCUGAAAGUUCCAAUGUGAAGUGUAGUUCUGGAGCGGAUAUUCCCACCAAAUGCCAGUCUACAAUUGUUGUCAAAGAAAGCAUCAUUUCAUUACUCAUGAAACUCCACUCAAAACUGUCUGGCAAGAAAGAAUCUUCAUAUAUCCCUCUAUCAAUGCGUAAAAGCAGUGAGAGACUGCCUGAUGAUGAAGAGCCAGAACGUAUUGGAGAUGGACCCUAUUAUAUUGGGUUACUGCUGGAUAGGCUCACUGCUCAGGAUCCGAUGUGUGUCCGUGAGAUGGAGAGGGCUGUCCAUGAAAUGAAUCCAAAAAUCAAAGAAAAAGUACGAUCUGAAGAAAAAGGAACAAUAACAUCUGAAGACUUGGAUAAGGAAGAAAGGAGAAAGAAAGCUCGAGAACGUCGUCAAAAAUUGAUGGAAGAGUUUGCCUCUAAACAAAAGGCAUUUAUGGAGCAGGCCAUGGACAUGGAUGAAAUGACAGAAGAACCCAGUGAAAGUUGUAAGCAAUCAUCAUCUGAAGAAGAAUAUCAUUGUUCAAUUUGUGGUCGGAGUGUGCCAAGUACACCAGAGAGGCCAAUGGGCCUAGUUGUGCUACUCUUGGCUACAUCUGUUCUUGGUCAUUGCCCCAAAGAAGAUCAACAACAACCUUUGCCUAUUAGUAAUCAAAAAACACGUACACCUCCACAGACUUGUGCAUCAGUUAAAAAGAAGCAACUGGAACUUCUUGUGGAAUCCUACACUGAGCUCUCUGUGACCCACUCUGUAAAUAUUGGUUGGGAAGGUGGUGUCUUGGUCCAGUCAUGUGGUCACUACCUUCACAUGGACUGCCACAAACAGUAUAUAGAGUCACUGAAGGGUCCAUACUUUCAACAAACUCUUGCUGUAAAUAACGGUGAAUACUGGUGUCCUUUGUGCCGGCAGUUAGCCAAUGCUGUUAUUCCAAUGAUUCCUGAUUCCAAGAAAAUACCGUUGACUCUGCAACCCGAUGUCAGUGAUCUACAGAAAAUGGCACAGGAUGUGGAGAGGAUGAUGCGACAGCAGUCAGAAUCAACUGUAUCUUCAUUGUUCCAGUCCAGCAUCUUGGAUGACCUUACCAAAGCCACAUACUCCAUAUACAAAAGAUGCUGUGAACAGUACAAGACCCAGGAUAGCAUUCGACUCUUUCUUGCUUCUAUUGCCAGGACAAAUCUUGAGAUGGAACUGCUUCAUUAUGAAAAUAAACUUAUGAACAAUGAACCACUUGCAUGCAAACCCAAAUUUUUCAGGCCCCUAUUUCAUGUAUUAAGUCAUUAUGCAAAAUCUCUAACUACGGUUCCUUAUACUGAUCUGUGGGCAGCCAUCACUGGAGUUAACCAUUCUGCAACCAAUGAAGUUACAAUUAAUUUUCAGCCAAACACUUUGGGGCAAGUGCCUAUUCUCCUGCGAGAUCCAAUUGCUCUUCUGAUUGAUUUUCUUCUUCAACUACCAAUGACUAUGAGCAAAGAUCAUUUCUCUUACCUGGUGAAUACUCUUUACAACAUUGCCUACAUCCAGGCAUUGCUGGUGACAAGCUGCAGUUUUAUGCCUGAUGAACGAGCUGCUUGGUGCAAGAAACAAAUGAGUAAUUCCUUGCAAGACCUUGGUGGCAUGAUGAGUCAUGUGAUCACUCGGCUUCGACUGAGUCAUUUGUAUGAUGAUAAAGACAUCUCCUUAGGUUGUAUUUCUCAGUGGGUGUGGAGUCCUGACACAGUUGAAACUAUGGUAGAGGAUUUCUUGCUACCCUUUUUGCAAAUAGCAGCUUUGCUUCAGCGACAUCUCUUUAAUGAGGAACUCCCUUCUGGCAAAUGUUCUUCGGAAUUUACUUACCUUUGUACCUACCUCCGGCUUGGCUCCUUCCUUGGUUCCAUUCGUCCUGGUUCUCCCUGGGGUGCAGCUGCAUCAUCUGCCUCUGUUGAACAAUCUUCCAAAGCUGACAGUUUUGUGAGAUUCUCAGUUCCAGAAAUACUGCCACUCACAAGGUCUUGGCUCAACGAACUUGCUAUAGCCAUCGAUUCAAACCGAGCUUUUAAGAACCAGUACCUCCUUCCAUUCAGUUAUGUUUAUUACCAACCACAUCUGCUGACUCUUCCCAGCCAGUAUUACAAAAUAUUCCAGGAGUAUCGGGACAGGGUGUGUAUUGUGUGCAGUACCACCCCUAAGGAUCCAGCCAUCUGCCUUGUGUGUGCCCACUUUCUCUGCUUCAGGGAGUCCUGUUGCCAGCAAGACUCGGUUUAUGAAUGUGUUCAGCAUUCAAUAUCUUGUGGGGCAGGAACUGGCGUGUUUCUGCUUGUUAACUCCAGCACUGUUGUUGUCAUCCGAGGACUCAGGGCAGCAUUGUGGGGCUCCGUUUAUCUGGAUAAGCAUGGUGAGGAAGAUGCAGAGUUAAGGCGAGGAAAGCCACUGUAUUUGAGAGAAGAGAAAGAUUAUCUUACUUUCUCCUCUCUCUCAUUUCUCUGCCUCCUCCUGCUACUCUCUGUUAAAGCAAUAUUUGACACUUGCAUUUGA